AGGCGAGAGUGUGUGCCAGAGCAGCGAUUAUGCGGACCAGUGUCGCAUUUAAUUUAUGUAGAAUGGCAAGCUGCGCUCAAAUUGAAUCCGAGUGAAAAACUGUGUGGGCGGGGGGAAGGGGGUAGCAGGGGAUCGCAGGGCGGAGUACCCUGCAGGGCCUGGGAGCUGAGAAACCAUAUCUGACAUCUGUGUAGCAUACAUUUCUGCGCUGCCACCCACAGUUGUUCAGCACUCGUUUCACUGCUGCUGGCAAUGCUCCCCUCCAUUGUAGCCAGAAUUUAAUGCAAGACACCUAUUACAAUACCUGAGCAGUCCAGUUGAUAAAACCCCCGAGUUCCUAUCAUUCCAAAAGGCAGCUACACUCUUCCCUCUCAUUGUUCUGUGCAGGGUGGCGAGGGGAUGGAGGUGGAACGCCCCAGCCGGCGACCAGCAGGCGGCACGUUCGGCACAGUGGAUCCGAAAGUUUGCGCACGACAUUCCUUGCAGAGGGGCGGCAAACAUCGCGAUGUGUGAAAAGGCUCCACGGUGCCUUUUCCGGCCAUAACAAAUUAGAAGCGGAAACGGAAAUGGAAAUGGCGGAAAACGUCAACGACGAGUGUUGCCAUUGCUGCUGCAGAUGUUGCUGCCUAGGUGUGUGCGUGUGUGGGUGUGGGUGUGUGCCAGUGUGCAUGUGUAUAUGUAUGUGUGCAUAAGGGCAUGUGUGUGUUGAUGUGGGAGGGUGGGUACAUGUACUGUACAUAACUUCUGUUGCCCGUCUGAAUCUAGCAAUGCGCAGCAGUCAACACAAGCCCAUCAACUGCCCGGGGAAGCGAACAGAGGGAAAAGCGGACGGACCCAGCGAGCGGACCCAGACUGUUCAGGAAAACCCAAUCCAUCCACAAUCCGAACAAUAGCGCAGUCCAGACAACUGCAUCCCGGCCAGAUGCACUAGAGGCCACCGGAGCACUGAGCACCGGAUCCCAGCGAACUUCAGGAUCUAGUAGUCCACGCGCCAUGAUGCCCAGUCGCGUCAAGCUGAAACGCGCCACGGAUGGGCCGACGCCCAUGUCCACGCCCACGUCCUCGCCCACGCCCACGCCUACCACAAUGCCAAUGCAAACGCCAAUCGCCACUUUGAACACUGCCAGCAGCCAGCACAAUAGCACAACCAGUAGACGAAAGCCAACACUCACCCCUCCAAGCGGGCCCAUCCCGCUGCUCCUCCUCACGGUCCUGACCCUGCUGAUCCUGGACACCAGAUCCUGCCAGGGCCUCCGGCUGACCAACGGAGGCGGCAGCCUGAGCAAGGGCGCGGCGGCCAACAAGGAGCAGCUCAACAUCGGCUUGAUCGCGCCGCACACGAACUUCGGGAAGCGGGAGUACCUGCGCAGCAUCAACAACGCGGUCACCGGAUUAACGAAGACGCGCGGCGCCAAGCUGACCUUCCUGAAGGACUACUCCUUCGAGCAGAAGAACAUCCACUUCGACAUGAUGUCGCUGACGCCCAGUCCGACCGCCAUCCUAAGCACACUGUGCAAGGAGUUCCUCCGCGUGAACGUAUCCGCAAUCCUGUACAUGAUGAACAACGAACAGUUCGGGCACAGCACGGCCUCGGCGCAGUACUUCCUGCAACUGGCCGGCUACCUGGGCAUCCCGGUUAUCUCGUGGAACGCAGACAACUCGGGUCUGGAGCGACGGGCCUCGCAAUCGACGCUGCAGCUGCAACUGGCCCCAAGUAUUGAGCACCAAAGCGCCGCAAUGCUGAGCAUCCUGGAGCGCUACAAGUGGCACCAGUUCUCGGUGGUCACGUCGCAGAUAGCCGGUCACGAUGACUUCGUGCAGGCGGUGCGGGAGCGGGUGGCCGAGAUGCAGGAGCACUUCAAGUUCACCAUCCUAAACUCGAUCGUGGUCACCCGCACCAGCGACCUCAUGGAGUUGGUUAACAGUGAGGCCCGGGUGAUGCUGCUUUAUGCCACGCAGACCGAGGCCAUCACCAUUCUGCGCGCCGCCGAGGAGAUGAAGCUCACCGGAGAGAACUACGUCUGGGUAGUCAGCCAGUCGGUCAUAGAGAAGAAGGACGCCCACUCCCAGUUCCCCGUCGGCAUGCUUGGCGUGCACUUCGACACCUCCAGUGCGGCGCUCAUGAACGAGAUCUCCAACGCAAUCAAGAUCUACAGCUACGGCGUGGAAGCCUACCUAACGGACCCGGCCAACCGUGACCGCCGCCUCACCACCCAGUCGUUGUCCUGCGAGGACGAAGGACGCGGUCGCUGGGACAACGGAGAAAUCUUCUUCAAGUACUUGCGCAACGUGUCCAUCGAGGGCGACCUCAACAAGCCGAACAUCGAGUUCACGGCGGACGGGGACCUGCGCUCGGCGGAGCUCAAGAUCAUGAACCUCCGGCCCAGCGCCAACAACAAGAACCUUGUGUGGGAAGAGAUUGGAGUGUGGAAGUCCUGGGAGACGCAGAAGCUGGACAUCCGCGACAUUGCGUGGCCCGGCAACUCGCACGCCCCGCCCCAGGGCGUGCCGGAGAAGUUCCAUUUGAAGAUCACAUUCCUCGAAGAGGCACCCUAUAUCAAUCUGUCGCCUGCGGACCCGGUGAGUGGCAAGUGCCUGAUGGACCGUGGUGUGCUCUGCCGGGUGGCGGCCGACCACGAGAUGGCCGCCGACAUCGACGUGGGCCAGGCACACCGCAACGAGUCCUUCUACCAGUGCUGCAGCGGCUUCUGCAUAGACCUGCUGGAGAAGUUUGCCGAGGAGCUGGGCUUCACCUACGAGCUGGUGCGGGUCGAAGAUGGUAAAUGGGGUACCCUCGAGAAUGGCAAGUGGAACGGCCUGAUCGCCGACCUGGUCAACCGCAAGACGGACAUGGUCCUCACCUCGCUGAUGAUCAACACGGAGCGCGAGGCGGUCGUCGAUUUCUCCGAGCCUUUCAUGGAGACCGGCAUCGCCAUCGUGGUGGCCAAGCGCACUGGCAUCAUCUCGCCCACGGCUUUUUUGGAGCCCUUCGACACGGCCUCCUGGAUGCUGGUGGGCAUAGUGGCCAUCCAGGCGGCCACCUUCAUGAUCUUCCUCUUCGAGUGGCUCUCGCCCAGCGGCUACGACAUGAAGCUCUACCUGCAGAACACCAACGUGACCCCGUACCGCUUCUCCCUGUUCCGCACCUACUGGCUGGUUUGGGCCGUGCUCUUCCAGGCCGCUGUCCAUGUGGAUUCGCCGCGAGGCUUCACCUCACGCUUCAUGACCAAUGUGUGGGCCCUCUUCGCUGUCGUAUUUCUGGCCAUAUACACUGCCAACCUGGCCGCCUUCAUGAUAACGAGGGAGGAGUUCCACGAGUUCAGCGGUCUCAACGACAGCCGCCUGGUGCAUCCCUUCUCCCACAAGCCCUCCUUCAAGUUCGGCACCAUCCCGUACAGCCACACGGACUCGACCAUCCACAAGUACUUCAACGUCAUGCACAACUACAUGCGGCAGUACAAUAAGACCAGUGUGGCGGAUGGAGUGGCCGCCGUGCUCAACGGCAACCUGGACUCCUUCAUCUACGAUGGCACUGUGCUGGACUAUCUGGUAGCUCAGGACGAGGACUGCCGGCUCAUGACCGUGGGCAGCUGGUAUGCCAUGACGGGAUACGGACUGGCAUUCAGCCGCAACUCCAAGUACGUACAGAUGUUCAACAAGCGGCUGCUCGAGUUCCGUGCGAACGGGGACCUGGAGCGGCUGCGUCGCUACUGGAUGACGGGCACGUGCCGUCCGGGCAAGCAGGAGCACAAGUCCUCGGACCCGCUGGCGCUGGAGCAGUUCUUGUCCGCCUUUCUGCUCCUGAUGGCCGGCAUCCUGCUGGCGGCGCUCCUCCUGCUGCUGGAGCACGUCUACUUUAAGUACAUCCGCAAGCGGCUGGCCAAGAAGGACGGCGGCCACUGCUGCGCCCUCAUCUCGCUGUCCAUGGGCAAGUCGCUGACCUUCCGGGGCGCCGUUUUCGAGGCCACGGAGAUCCUGAAGAAGCACCGCUGCAACGACCCUAUCUGCGACACGCAUCUCUGGAAGGUCAAGCACGAGCUGGACAUGUCUCGUCUCCGCGUCCGCCAGCUGGAGAAGGUCAUGGACAAGCAUGGCAUCAAGGCGCCGCAGCUGAGGCUGGCCUCCUCCUCGGAUCUGCUGAACCACCAUCAUCUCAAGGAGCGGCCGCCACUGCUGGGCAACCUGAGUCUCGCCGCCAGCGCCCAAGAUCUAUACAGGUGGUCGUACAAGACGGAAAUCGCCGAGAUGGAGACAGUGCUUUGAAGCGUUUGGAGCACUUGGACCUGCCCAUGGAGGAGGGCAUGUUACUCACAUUAGACAAAGAUUCGCAAUCGUGCCGGAGUGCCAUCCUACAGCGAGUACGUCUAAUCAAAAUCAACGUUUCAAACAAAAUGUGAACUAAAAGCUUUCGAAAGUUAGGGACGAGAUAGCGAAAGAGAAAUGAACCCAAAGCGCCUCACGAAAACCGCACACAACUCGAUAGUCAGUAGUAGAUAGUCGAGGAUAUAGAAUCCAGAAUCCAGAAACUAGAAUCCACAACUUAGAAUCCAGUGUCCAGUAUCCAGAAUCAAGAACUAAGCCCAGAUUUGCAGCCCAGGCAAGCCCAAAGAUUGUAUAAAGUUAAACUAAAUGUAAAAGCAAACCAAAUGUAAGCCAAGCGUUAAACUAAGUGGAACACGGGGAGUAACAAGCUAACAAGCAAAAUACCAAAGCAGCCGCCGCACGAGUAUUUCAUAAACAAAGUUUUAAAGGAGAGAAGUUGGGGAGAUCAACCGUCGCAUUUUUGGCGAUUGAACUGUUAAGCGUUAACAAGAAGCAGUAGGGGAAUAGGAGUAGGUCCAACCCAGAGUUGGCCAUGUUUGUAUGUAAUCCGUUUGAUUGUUUGUGAUUGUUGUUUCAUUUGUUGUCUUUUUUUGGAUAGUAAAUAUUUACGAAUCAUAUUCAAGUAAGCGUACAUACAUACAUAUGUAUGUCGAAGGCAAACGCGAGUACGAGGACGAGAAGAGGCGCCGGUUGUCACGCCCAUUAUUAAAUGUACACAUUAACAGAUUUAUAUGUAUUUACCUAUGAUUACGACGAUAUAAAUGUUAUUGCAUAUACACGUACAUAUACAUAUACAUUUAAAGAACAAACAAGAAAUAUUUACAUAUGAAUAUACAUAUAUGUAUCUUAUAUUUUUCUGUUUUUGAUAUAAAAAUUGCUUAUGCGCCGCCAGCAAAAACAAGACGAAAAACCUAAAACCAAAAACCAAAAGCCAAAAACACAAGAAGAAUCAAAAGCAAGGCCAACACGAAAUUUUCAUCUCGCUAGGAGAUUCCCACACGGCUACCAAACAAGGCUUCAUUUUAGUUUCUCUGGUCCGCUUUGCUGCUAUCUUUUGUUUCACCCACUUUCGCUUUCACUUUUAUUUCGCUUGCUCGCUGAGAGAGAGCCAAACACCCGCACCCCGCACUUCCACUCCCGCAACCACACACCACUAUCUUCCAUUAUCCUCGUCAUCCUGGCGAGGAGCAAAGGCAAAUGAGAACUUCGCUUGCUGGAGCAACUUCUGCAUGUGAAAGUUAUGGCAAACUCUCUCCACGCUCUCCCCUCUCUCUCAACUCUCCCACUGCACACCCCCGCCUCACACCUCACCCACUCACCUAACUAGAAGAGAUAAAAAUAUUUAUAAAUGUGCAUUGUUGUUGUGGCGAGCAAAACAUGCUUAAAUCAGAUUUAAAGUAAACUUGAAAUCGAAUUAAAUAUGUACAAAGGUUAAACGAUUUAAACUAAAAACGCGACGUAAAUAAUUAAUGAGCUAACUAACUAACAAAUCGAAGGAGAUGUAUUGUGUUGGUAUUUAUUUAUGUGUGUCUUCUAAGUGUUUAGCGAUCCUCGAGGAUCACCAAUACUAAAAGCAAGCGCAAAACGUAAAUGUAAACGAAAAAUUGAACUAACUAAUGCAAAUUUAAACAAACUAAAUAUAUACACUAGAAAACCAAACGCGCACGGCCGUUUAGCUGUGCGUGUGCUUCUUCAAGACUCUUUUCGUUAACGUAACGCCAUCUCUGUUCGUUUAAGCCGUUAUACAGUUAUACCGUUAUGUUCCACGCCCACGCGCCACUCGCCGUUCAAAACGACGAGGGCGGUGCGAGCGAGACAGCACUGCAACACAGCACUACAACCAGAACACUCGACUAACGGACUAAGGAAACUCACGAACUAACUAGUGGGCAGAAAAAUCAGCGAGAGGGUAGACAGUGACAAAAACAGACAAAAAAACAACAAGAACAAUGUUAACAGAAAACAAAACAAAGAAACUUAUUGAGUUUUAUUUGCAAAAGAGUGAUUUUUUGUAGUGGAAAUAUUUUAUACACAAGAUACGGAUGGUUCAAGCGGACGACAUAGCGAAUGUUAAUUAUUACGUAUAUGUAUAUAUUUUUUAAGACAAAUUGUUCAAAUUUAUUAUACGAAUACUACCAAACAAAGCGAGUCGAUACCAAAGCAAAGCCAAAUCGAAAACUGGAAAAUGAUGUUGCAGACAACAAAAUAGUAUUAAUACAAUGGAAGAAAGGUCGAAGAAGGAGAGAACGAAGAAGAGAAGUGAAAACAAAACCUUUACGGACAAAUUAAAACAAGUAAAACAAGUUAACAUUACAUUAUAUAAGUAGUUAGUAAUUUAAAACUAAACCCAAAGAAAAUAAGCUAAACAUCACGACAAAUGAUAAAAGCAUUCAAAAAAAAAGGUUUAUGUAUACAAAAAGAUGUUUUUUUUAAUAUAUUAUUAAAGUUACUAAGUUACGAGUGCGAAUAACGAGCGUGCACACAGUCACACUGUCCAGACACCCACACCAACACGAAUAACGAGUGCAUUUUGUUAGAUGUUAAACAUAGAAAGCUGAGGAUAACAGAAACCAAAUCACAAGCAUCAAUUGAAGUCGAAUCAAUUUUUAAACGCAAAGAUAUGUAAAUCCCCCCGUGCAUAACGAGGGGCUGAAUUCGAAUCUCAAUCCAAAAAAAAAAAACAAAACAAAAGUCGGUUGCCAACUCCUGUCCCCCUGAGCACCUGAGCGAAGGGGAGAACGGGACGGCACGAUGGCCGAUCGUAUUUCAAGUUACUAACACGACACAAUUUUUUAACCACGCCAACGGAUCGAAAGAAGAAGCGUUUCACGUACAUAAUCUAAGCAAAUGGAAUAUGCGUACAUUGUUGUGGUAGUUACAGAUGGCGAGGAGCAUACACGUAAUUAAAAUAUAAACAAACUUGCAAUAAAUGUGUAUACAAAA